GCUGUACUUCUUUUCCACCCAUCCAUUCCUUCCACACAAUAAACACCUCUCCCCUACCGAAACGUGGACGCACUCCAAACCACCUCUCUCCACUUACCAUGCUCCGCCGGACCAUCCGAACAUAUCUAAACCGGAUAGAUCCCAUCCCCUCCUCGACCGGACGAACGGAGGUGCGCUACUCGGAUCUCUACGAUCUCUUUCUACCGACUUCGCACUUUGAAUCUCUUUCUCUCGAUAGCGAUGGCGAGGGGAAGCGCGCAGUCGCAGGCGUCGUCGUCCGCCGGGGGCGCUGGGCGGCCGAUGACGGUAGGACCACGGGGGACGGCGGCCGCGGCGGCAGGGAUGCGGCGGCGGAGGCUGGGUGGCGGCGGCGGGAGCUCUGCUGGAGGGGGAUUCGGCGGCGGGGCCGCGGGAAGCAACAUGCUGAGGUUCUACACCGACGACGCACCCGGACUCAAGAUGACCCCUACCGUCGUGCUGGUGAUGAGCCUCUGCUUCAUCGGCUUCGUCACUGCGCUCCACGUCUUCGGAAAGCUCUACCGCUACAGAUCCUCCGCCACCGGUGGUUCUUGAUCAGCAGGCGCCGGCGGCGCCGCCCGCGGCCGCGCGAUCGAGGGGCACACGCCCACGCCCCUGUAAAAGAUCGAGGUCUUUGCUCUGUUUUCUUUCUGGGAAAUCGUCUGUUUUUGGUGCUUUAGUUGGAACUGUUUUAAUCUUAGGGUUAGAAAGAAGAGUGCUUGAGAUUGUGCUUGUUUUUUUUUCCCCGAAUGAAUGAAUUGUGAUCUUUUUGAUUGGUUUCGUAACUUCGGUACUUAAAUUCCAAGGGGCUAUUCUUCAUCUACUUCGGUUGGUGUUUUAUUUCCUCGAAAUAAAAAGAGGACUAUAUUUUGUUGGAAUGUAGAAUAGUAUUCAGUUACCA